AUGGACCGCGCACAAGAAUUGACAGCAUCUCAAGUUCACCACUUCAUAUUUACGGCUGCAAGGGAAGAAGCUGGGCCAGGCAUCAGAAGGGGCCGGAAUGGCAGCCGCCGACAUAGCAAUGCCAAGCAUCAGACUUUAAUGGGGAAGCCGGCAGAACAGAGAGCAAUUACUUGUGCGCAGGACACCAAAGAGGCGGAGAGCGCGGGUGUAGGUCAAGACAACAACCACAGUGCAUCUGCCUUGGAGGAACCGCAUCAACGCUUUGAGCACGUCCUGAACAACCUGUCCUCAUCCGUCAUUUCGCUGUUGCGCAAAAAUCACGAGAUGGCCCAGAACCGGAACCAGGCACAGCACUCCAGCGGAGUCCCCUCAUACACUCAGCAGCGGACCAUCCUGGGAGCUGUAGUACCUAACGCCCCUGCUCUCUGGUAUGGAGCAUCCCCGUCGGUCGAGAGUGCAAGUAAAAGCGAGCCUGCUAGAAACGAGGAAGCGGUCUUCAAGGUAAAAGAGGAGCCGAAGAGUAGCGAGUCGGGCAUGGACGCAGUUGGUGCAGCAGGAGAAACGAGAGCGGAAGAGGGGAAGGCUGUGGGUGGAGAAGAGAGUACCGCACCGGCGCAUCAAGAAGAAGAGGAGCCCCAGCAACUCAAUCAGGUGGACGAGAGCUUGAAGCUUGAGGUUCUCAGAGAGUGGCUAGAGCUCUUGGUACCAGGAUCAGGUCAAAACCUUGUCUUUCCAAAUGCGCGUGGGCCGACCGAGAGACCCGUGAAGCAUCCCGAUGGAGCUGCCUUCGGAGCGGCCGCUACAGCAGGCAACAUGAAGGAGCAGUAUUUUUUGAAGAGUGCGUUGAAUAAAAGGCUUGACGAAGUGAGGGAGGGGUGCAAAGCUGGGCUGAAGAACGGGCCGCGCCUUGAGUACAUCUUGCGCAAUUUCGUGGACCUUCUCAAUCUGGGACUCGAGAAGCUGACCCCUCGCCAGUUCAAGCCGCUCUUCCGCCGGGCCAUGUCCUUCCGGUGCCUGCGCCGCGCGCUCCGCGCAUGCUUCGACGCGCGCGACAGCCGCGCCCAGUUCUGGUACGCGGCCGCGUCCGUCCUCGCGCUUCUGGCGCGCGACCCCGCGUUGCUCCGGAACCACCUCGACUUCGUCCGGGGCAUCAUCGACCAGUUCUGCAUCGUGGGCGAGAUGCUCCACGCCGACAAUGGAACCCUCCGGAGGAGGCUGCUCUCGCUUACCCGGUCUCUCAUCGACCUUGUACCGUCGAAUGGAUCCCCGUGGCUCGAGCCCGUCCUCGACGUGAUCAUCGAGCAGAUGGUGACGCAAUUGAAGGCUGACGUCAGGGACCCGACGGGAGCCUUGGCCGAGAACAGCGACGGGUUGGCCCGCGCCUGCGCGCUGCUGACGUACUGCGUGCAUUACCACGGGGCCAGGUUACGGCCGCUUCUGUUCCGUCACGGCGCUCUCGAAGCGGUGGCGCGCCUGGCAGGCCACGUGGAGCCGCACGUCGCGAUAGCCGCCGUCGGCUUCCUGCGCGCGUGCCUGGCCAAGCGCGACCCGCACUACGUGGUCCGCCUGAUGCAGGGCGACCUCUUGGCGCCCGCGAUCACGACCUUCCGCGCGGCCGCGCAUGCGCGCACCAACACUGAAAUCACGGACGCGGUCCACCAACUGCUGGAGUUUGUACUUGAGGAGGACGCGCCGGUCGCGGCACUCGUCCGCCACAUUCUCGAGAGGUUUGACCAAUCUGACUUCCCGGGGCCUUAUGCAGGCGUGUUCCAAAGACUAGUGCGCAGGUUUACGAAGCUCAUGACUCGUGACCUCAUCGAAGCAACGGGCAAGGUGAUUCAAAAGAAAGGGCCCUGGUAGGAUCUGCGCGUUAGUCCAUGUCCUGAAAUUGUUUGCUUAUGAUAUUGUUGGAAGAACUCGAUAUCACAGAGCUGAUUCAAAAACAGCAGUGGGGCUGACCCAAUCCCUCUUCUAGAACUUCGUUAGAUUCCAUCCGGGGCAAGUCGGGCUAGUAGUACGGUCUCAAACUUCAUUCCUUGUCAGGUGAAAAGAACAACGUACAGUCGGCUACGAAACCCAAUCUUCUGUAGAUGGAAAAAGCAACGUUGCAGAUUGGUUACAAUGUUGCUAUGCAAAGCGGGUGGGAGAUUGUGAUUCGACCGGAACUUCUAUUGAUCUCAUGGCAUGAGCACUAAGCUACUGCCGUUGUUGAACACGUUUUGCACCUUUAGAACCCAAGGAAGCGGGCCUGACACCGAUGCAAUAGAUGGCCGGGC